CGCGUGAGUUACGCCAGUUCCGAGGGACGCUCCCAGGCCCCUCGACCCGCCACGCCAUGGCGGCACCGGUGACCACGGUGGUUGGUGUGGGCAGACAUGGCUCGCUGGCUGGGCCUGCGGUCAGUGCUCGUGCUUUUGGCCCUGGCGUCGUUGGCCCUGUUGAUCCUCAACGGCGUCAUCAGCCAGGAGAGCCUCAGCAAAGUGGUGCUCGGCGACAGAGCUGGAUCGAAGGUGAAGACAGAGCUCUUCUCGCGGCUCAGCGGGGGCGGCUCCGCGCGGAGCGUCCGCGCGGACGGCCACGCUGAAACCUCGCGCUCAACGACGCCCGCGGGGGCGGUGUUCGCGACGGUCACCACCACACUGCAGACUCUGUCGGUAGCUGAGCUAGCGACGCCGGGGAUGCCAGCGCCAGUGGAGGAGGAAUCGGCUCCACCAAGCUUUCAGUUGGCACGUGACCUGUGUCCCUUGGGUUUUUACAACAUCUCCGACCUGGAAACCUGCCGUUUGGGCGCAAGAACCCUGCGGAAGCGCUUCGCAGGUGCAGUUGAUGCUGGACAUGAGCCUUCUGGCUGCUUACACCGACUCGCUGACAAUGACGUCCUCUUCAACCGGGCCUUCUCGCGCAAGCGCAACCGGCAGCGACAGCUGAUUUGUGCCGACCGAAUUCCAAAGUUGGUGGAGGUCGGGUCGCAGCCCGCUGUGGAGGUCGAGUCGCAGCCCGCUUCAUCGGUCGCAGCCCCUGUCCCUUCGUCCAUUGGCAAUUUGAGCAUCACCGGUCGAGUCUGCCCUGAAGGAAGCUUUGCGAUCCAGACGCCUCACCGAUGUGAGACGGCUGCCAAGGUGCUGUCCAAGAAGUACAUUGGCAUUAUGAAGUCUUUGGGUGAGCCUCAUGGCUGCCUCCACCGUGUGGGUGACCAAGACGUGAUGUUCAAUCGCUUGAGAACUCCUCAGCAGAGUGAUCAACGGCAGUUGGUUUGUAGCACCGAGAAGGAUCCGGAGAUGAUCCGAGCGAAGAAGCUCUCACGAAGUGAUGCUUUGCAAUUGAAGCUCUACUGCUUCGCCUGGACUGUGAGAUCUGAGCGCGAAGAGCUACUCUUGCCCUAUGCCAGGUCUCUCUUCCAAGGCUGCGACGGUCACGGUUUCUUCACCGACCGCGAGGCCUCUGUGACGCCCGAGGAGCGCGACGACUUCGUGCAGGUGGACUUGCCUCCCACGCAGCAGAAUCGUUCGGAGAAGUUCUGGCUCUUGUUGAAGAAUAUGGUGGGUCUACUUCCUGCGUGGAAGUACUUGUUGGACAUGAACGUCACCAGUGGCAUGGACUGGGUUGUGAACCUGGAGUUGGAUCACUUCUUCGUCGCCAAUUUGUUGCGGCAGACCAUUGGAGACUACAUCAACCUCAUGAUUCAAGAUGGACUACCUCAUCAAAACCCAUGGGAGGACCCAGUGAUGCUCAUUUUCGGCAACGUUUUUGCCUUCAAUGCUGCACUCGUGGCCAGCAUGAAGCGUGAAUGGCAGACGGUUGGUCAAGUCAUCUCUGACCGUGGCUCCUUAGGCCUUGGCUGCCCGGUGAUCUCGGGGGCGCGUGCACAUGCUGAAGGGCACUGCGAGCAGGACAUGGUCUACGAACACCUGCAAGACGUGAUGCCCUUGGCCAUCGUGGGAGCCAACGGCUGUGGGAAUCUCGCCGUCUCCGUGCCUCGGUGGACGGCCCAGGUGGACGGUACGGCCGAAGUGGCGCGGAGAAGCGGUCUGGGAAUGUCCAAGCUGGUCCUGAAGAAGGGGGUAGGGAUUGUGUUAGAUUGUUUUGGUCAUACAUGUCCAAUUCUCAGUGUCGGUCAUACUUGCCAAAAGUUAUGUUGUGUUGUUUUGGUCAUUGAACGCAGAACGCAUCAAUGGAAUCUCCCGCGAGCCAGGAAACGAAGAAAGAGGGACUGCUCAAAACUGUUUCGUUCUUUUCUGCUUGUUUUCUUCCCUUAUCUUCCCUAUUAGGUUGGAGGGAGGCCAUUGCCAUCGCUAUUAGGUUGGAGGCCAUCGCUAUGAUUGUUCCCUGUCCAGGACAGCUUGAUUCCUUUUCCCUUGGGCUGCUGGCAAGACUUCCCCUACGGCGACGACGAGGCGGCACGUCUGCGGGCCUUGAACAAGUUGGUGCAGAUCUGGAAGUUCAGCGACCAGGAGGCGGAAUCCUACUGCUCCGAACACGGCGAGGGCGAGGAAGCAAGCUGUCCCAAGCUGGUGAGGUCGAGGUUUGUGCCGAUCAUCCACAACGUGAAGACCCCGCAGCUGCACGCAGCGGCGCAGCAGCUGCUCCCACUCGCGGAGUGGCAUGUGAGUCGAGUCGAAGAGACAAAAGACACGCAGAACACAUGGCGCACCGUCCGGUUGGCAGGGUCACCUGCCGGUGGGCCAAGCCCGUAGGGAGGUGCA